AUGAAAUGUUGUGAAAAGGAAAAAGAAUUUUGUCUGUAUAUAUUGUGUGUUACUUGUAGACAAUCAGUCAGUAGUUUAACCAAUUUUCCACAAUUGAGAAUUAAGACAAAGGUGGAUAAAGCGUCAUCAGCCCCAGCUAGAUCGAGUGGAUCCCGGCUAGAAGAAGCAGCAGUAGCAGCAACCAACAACAGUACGAACAAUUUUAACACACCAAUACUCUUUUCUAUUUUCUACGCCGGUUUUGACAGUAUAGUAAUACUUGUUCAAUUGGUCUGUGAAAAUGGUUCUACAAAUGCAACGUCUGUCUGUCCGGAUUUUCAGUCAUUUGUUGUUAUCUUUUAUUCAUCGACUACAAAUGAAACCACUGCACUAUUAAUUCCACGUUCAAUUGCCAAUUGUGAAUUAUAUUCAGAUGCAACAGAUUCACAUAUUAUAAAUGACUGUCCCGUAUUUCAGUUAGAUACAUCGAAUAUUCUAUGUCGUUUUUCUCUGACUUUACCGAGUGCUUAUGUACCAUAUUUAAUUAGUAUUCGCACACAGUUUACAGACGGUACACAAAGUAAUGAUACAACAUAUACAUCAUUAGUUAAGAGUGAUUUAAUACUUACACCAGAACUGUUGAAUAAGCUGUACAAUGUUGAUCAUGAGAAUACUUAUCAUAAAUUUAAUAGACAAGCAACAAAUCUAUUAUACUAUUUCAACGACUAUUUUAGUCCAACUGAUUUCGAAUUAUUUUCAGACAUCUAUGGUAAGAAUAUUACAAAUAAUGUUCUCGGUAACAUCUACGGUUUUAAUGAUCCAACAAAUCCGGGUAGUGAAACACAACUUGAUAUGGAAUAUUUAAGUUCAAUGAGUAGUGGGGUAGCGACGGAUUAUAUCAAUAGUCAGCAAAUUACAGAGGCGGCUGUUGGUGCUACAACUUUUCAAUUAUCAUCUUUGGAUUGUCGUCCAAACAGUUUACAAAUCUUUGUUCAACAGAAAUUGCACAAUCAACAUCAAAUGUUACAGGGUCGUUAA